UCUCUCUCUCUCUCUCUCUCUCUCUGUCCGCCUCCUUCUGCGUCUGCGUGGGGGCCGAGUGCGCCGUGCGGACGACGGGCUUUGCCUCCCUUCCGAGCCGCUUUCGGCCUCUCCGGCUAGGCCGCCAUUUCUGGAACUGCAGCCAACGGGUCUUUUCUUCGCCCAGGACCGUUGGAGCAGGACCCGGAUUGCCAAUCGGACCCACAAGAUCCACAACAAGACCUCUCUGAAACCUCUCUCUCUCUCUAUCUAUAUAUUUAUAGACCUCAAGGAACGCUGCAGCCUUGAGAGACUUGGUUGGAACGUGUGGAUGCGCCGACGCGUGUCUUUCUCCUGCUUUUCACGUGUUUGGAUCUCGAAAUAACCGACUUUUUCUUCCUCUCCUUUCCAUCUUGUUGCCCUCAUUGGCAGAACAUAGAAACGAUUGACUUUUUCGUCCCUUUUAUUUAUUUAAUUUUAAUUUGGGGUGACUCCAGAUUUCACCCCGAAAAGGGGGUCUUUUGAGUCCACACACAAAAAGAGAUCCAGAAGGGAGAAAGAAAAGGGACACCCAAGGCGAGAAGCAUCUGCUUCCAACAAAAGUAGGCGAGUCGAAAGUUCGUAGGGCAAGGCUGUGGCAGGAAAAUCCAAGCCUCCCGUGUUGUUCUGGAUGGUGCUGGUUCUUGAGAAGAUAGCGGUGGACUUCACCUGGGAGCCUUUCUGGGCCUGAACCAAAGAAACCUGUGCCAGGGUGGCAUCAUGCAGAAUAAUUAUUCAGCGGUGACCUUGCUGGGGUUGGGUGUUGAGGAACCAGAGCUCAUCUGCAAAAUUGAGCCAGAGGAAGAGCGAUGGAACGCAAAUGAACAAGCUGCUAGAGAACGGCAAAUCUUACCCGGAAGCAAGUCGGCUGCAGCCACUGAAACUCCAGAGGCUACCAUAGCCCCCUACCGGCAGUACCGAGGCACCACGUGGACCUACCCUGAGGUCAUUGAUCUCCUGGUCAUCUGGCGGGAGCGGGAGAUCCAGCAGGAGCUCCUGAGGAGCCACCGAAACCUUGAAACCUUUCAGGCUGUUGCCAACAAGAUGGCUAAGAAAGGCCACAAGCGCUCGGCGCUGGAGUGUCGGUCGAAAAUCAAAACGUUAAGGCGAGACUAUCGGAUAGCGAAGGCCAACAACUCUCCGGGGAAGGGGCACCUGGCCUGGCUUUUCUACGAUCGGCUCGACCACUUGCUGGAAAAUGACACUGACAUCCCGCCUCCGGAGAAACUGGCCGGCUUAAGUCAGCACCGGGCGUCUAUGGCAGACUCCACAUCUCAGUGUUCCACAGAGGAAGAAGUAGUGGCCGUGGGUGAUGGGACUAAGAGAGGCAGUCCAGGCGACCAGGAGGUGGUGGUCCUGGGGAUGGACUCGCCAGGCGAGACCUCUGGUAUGGGAGAUGGGUAUCCUGGGCGGUGCAUCAAGGAAGAAGCCCCUGACGAAAUGCCAGUCACACUACCCAUGGAAGUCAACAGCCCGGUUCUUCUACUGCCAUCUGUUCCCUGUGAUAAACCGAGCAGCUCUGCCUCAACACCAGAUGGGGCUGUCUCUCCCUCCCCCAGCCCCAUACCUCCCCCUGCAAGGUCUUUUGCCGCGGAGCGCCUGGACAACAUCCGGAAGCGGAAGAGGAGAAACAGGCAAGACAUGGCCCUGGAAAUUACUCAGGCAGCUGAUAGGCGGGUCGAAAUGGCCACUGACCGGAUCCUGACAGCUCUCGGAGAAUAUGCCAAGGCGGAUCUGGAGGACCGCGAGCGGGAUCGCAUGGACACGGAACAGAUCAUUGCACUCAUGAACCGCCAGACAGAACUCCUAGAGUCGCUGGUACGAAAGCAGACUGAGGCCCGGAUCCCGCGCCUCGCGCAGCCGAACCAUCCGGCAGACCCUUCGCCCUUGCGCUUGGGCAUUGCCAGGCGGCAUGCAGCCAAGGCCAAGCUCAGCCGAUGACUCCGGAGUUGUCGGCCUAGCUUUAAAACAACAGUCUUUCCCGUGACUUGGUAGCAUGCAGGACUUGGGGGAGGGUACCUUUGUAAGAGGGUCGUGGCUUUAUCUUUCAGGGAUUUUUUGUUCCCACCCCUUUUUACAGUGAUUGGAUUUAUUUGCCAAUUGUAUAAAAAGAACAAAAAAAUUAAAUAGGAAUACAACGUGCUUUUUAAAAACA